CUCCCCAAAAAACUGGACAGCUGAAACAACAUUAGAUGUUGGACCAUUCGUAGCUCUGCUGUCAAAAGGGGAAUUAAACAUCCUUGCGGAAAAGUUCCCCGAUAUCAUUUUACAAAUAGCAAAGACAAUUGGACCAGUUUCUUCAGCUGAAGAGCUUCUGUCAACUGUGUUUGAAUCUGUCUCCAAUGCCACUGUCAACACUGAAUCAUCUCUCACCAGACCUGAUUGCCUGGGAACCAGAGCUCCUUCUUCAGAUGAAAUUAUUAAAUUAGCAGAAGCAAAUGUCUUCUGGUCAGUUCAGGACCUGAAAUGCAUGGAUGCAGGGACUUUUGACAAAAAUAUGGAACUUCUUGGGACUGUCUCAGGUUUUAACAGCUCCCAGCUUAUUGCCUUGAAGGAAAGAGCCAAGCAGGUUUGGGGAUCGCUGCCAGACUGGAAGAGUUAUCAUAUUGUUUCCCUGGGCCGCAUUGCUCUGGCACUCACCGAACAUGAAAUCGAAGAGCUGGAUUUGCAUUCUAUCGACACCAUUUCUGUACUUAGUCAGCAAACAGAAUGGACUCCUACCCAGGCAAGAUCUAUUUUGCAAGGUUUUCUACAAGACUCUGGCCAGACGAUCAGUACACUAAAAAGCUUUGAUUUGGUUGGAUUAGGAGCUAUUCUCUGUGCUCUGAACUCCACAGAAAUCAUGUCCGUAAGGACUGCUGAAUUCAGUGCUGCUGUUGCAAGAAUUGGCCUGUUGUUUUGUAGCACCCCUGUUCUGAGACAGUUUAAGAAGAUGACAGAAUCCGUGUUUGGUACUGCUGCCAGCUGGAAUGGCUCUAUUUUGCAGGAGAUUGGUACUAUAGCCGGUGGUUUGAAUGAAGAUGAAUUAAAAGCUUUUGAUAAAAACUUGAUGCCCUAUUUCCAGCCAAUAGCAAUAAGAUAUAUACCUCCUGAAAUUUUCCAAGCAUUGUCCCCAGAACAAAUAGCAAACCUGGGCCCUGAAAAUGCCGCCAUGGUUACCAGAUCGCAGCGUGAGCAUCUGAAUGCAUCGCAGCUCCAGAGCCUUCAGCUGGCGCUGGAUGGAGCCAGGACAAGCACCCCAGAGACACAACACGGUGCAAGCGCUACCCAGGCGGUGCAAACCCCAGCUCCAAGCGGGCAGGACUGUCCAUCUCUGGACCUUCAGAUCACAACCUUUAUCUGCAGCAGAACCUUGUUUGCAGAGCUGCAAGUGGGAAAGGAG